AUGCCAUCAAAAACAAGUAACUAUACACUAAGACCAUUUGUCGAAGCGCCCUUGUCUACUUCAGACGAGAAACCGAUUGAGUUGGAGUCGAUUGAUUUAUCAUUGUACAAAGAGGGUCCCGAAAAUCUUUCCACAAGGAAGGGAUUAGCUGACAAGAUUGAGAAAUCAUUGUCGACAUAUGGGUUUAUUUCUGUGAUUAACCAUGGAUUUGAAGCAGAAAAGUUAGAGCACCUCAAAUCUGUGGCUCAAUCGUUAUUGGGGGUACCAGUAGAAGAACAAAAGAGGUACCUAGCCGGAGCUCUCAAGUCUGAUCUUGAGGAUAGAUCUAGAUCUAUUGGGGCUGAAAGAGGUUCUGGGUAUAAACCAAAGGGCUAUUGGUCCAUGAGAAACGGUGUUGAAGAUUCAAUCACCCACUAUAAUUUCAAUCACAUGAACCAUUCAAGGUUUUUUGACACGGAAGUCAAUCACUAUCCGGAAGUGGCAAAGGAUCAUCUCUUAGAAAUUGCGGAGUUCUAUCGGUUUUUGCAUACUGACACCUUGAGAAAACUUUGUGAUUUAACAGAUUUGGUGUUAGAACUCCCUGAGGGAUUCAUCUAUGAAAACUUCUACUCAGUUCAAGAUGGAGACUUGGACGGAUCUGGCGGAGGUGCCGGAAGGUUCAUGCUCUACGAUGCAAUGCCCCCAGAGGAUCAAAAGAAGGUGGAGAAUACUUGGUUGAGGGGACACUCGGAUAGUGGUGGAUUUACAUUUAUCACCUCGCAACCCAUCUUGUCAUUGCAAAUUCGUGAUUACUAUACUGGUGAGUGGAACUACGUAGGUCAUACACCAAAUGGAUUGAUUGUCAAUAUUGGCGAUGCUAUGGAAUUUAUUACUGGUGGAUAUUUCAAGUCGUCAAUUCACAGAGUUGUAUCUCCUCCAGAUGAUCAAAAAAAUUAUAGAAGAUUGGUGUUGAUCUACUUUAGCAAGCCCAAAGAGUCAGCAAUUUUGGAUCCUGAGCCAUUACGAUCGCCAAAGUUGAAACGCUUGGGUUAUAACAAACCUGAUGAAUGGGAAAAGAUUGAUUUUGCUGCUUGGAACAAAAUGAAGUCCAGCUUAUUUGGAAGAAAGGUGGUUAAUGAUACCAAUACUGAGGAACCAAAGUUGGUGUUGUUGCAUGGAAGAUUGCAUGAGAGAUGGCACCAAGCAGAGGCAAACUUCAGCUUGCAAGAAGCAUUGAAGAAGUUCGAUGUGAUUACAUUAGAGAGUUGA